AUGAAUCCUCCACAUCUCUCUGGUACGCUAUCUGGUCGGGACGAUGCGGGGUCCUUGAACUCAACCCUCGAAACGGAUAUGUUUUCCACCGACGAUCGAUUAGCUUCGGCUGCGACCAAUAUGACUUCCGAGAUCGACCGCCGAUUACAUGAUGUGGGCGUUGCAGCUCUUGCUGCUGUGUCCCAGUACCCGCGUGCGGAGAACGUUGCGCACAGUGAUUCUUUUCUAGUAUCCGAAGUUGUUAACGCUGUUACGAGUGCCGGAAGUCCCCCGGAUUAUUAUCGACAUUUACAGUCCGGUUCUGUGCUACCGGAACAUCGGGGUCAUUUUCACCCAUCCGGAAGGGGAAGCACUCGUUCAGCUGGACCGGAGUUUGUCUUUGGCUCGAACCCGAGUGGCGACGGCGAUAUGCAAACGAUUGUCCGGGACUUAGUUCACCCCACCGCCGGCCGGCAAAAUAUCGCUAUCGCCCCAGACGCGAUCGACGAUGGCCACAAGAACAUGGAUGUGGAUUACGAAUCAGCUACUAUGGAAGACCAGCCGUCUCCCUCGUCAACAUAUGAUGAUGAGCUUGAAGACUUUCUCCAAUUCUAUCCGGAUGAAGAAGAGUAUUACUACCAGCGCAAGGAACGUCCCACGUAUGAGGCCGAGAUGCCAGACUGCGAUCUGGAUGAUUUUUAUACCAGUAUCAGUUAUGAUGAUAUUGAUGUCGAUCUCCCGCAAACCAUUGGUUUGUCUAUUACAGAACCUCUGCGGAACUACGCCGAUGAUCAAAUGGAAUUCCCCGGACCACGCCCCGCAUCUAUAAUCCACACAUCGACAUACGAGCGAAAUCUCACAAUUGACGAAUUCAUCCAGCACUGGAUGGUCUCGCUAAACCCCGUUCCCCACGGCUUCCAUACUGAAAGUCGAAUUCCACCACAACUCCGCCCACUCGCAAAGAUGAUUAGCUGGCAACCGCCACAGGAGGUUGUUCGGCCGUCUAAAUGGAAACGCGACUUUUAUGAUCUGCAGCAGAUCCCAUGGACAGAAACUUUACGGGUAACACGGUCCGAUGCACGCGCGGUGCGCGACGCCUGGUAUAUCCCGUACCGUAACCUGGAUUACUUGCAUCCCGGCCAUGCAAAGCGCCUUCCACAACAUGAAGCAUAUUUCCGAGAAAGCUCCAUGCAUACCUCGCACAAAGCAUCUAUUGAGCAUUUCCAGCUUCGUAAUUUGAUGUCGACACCUGCAUCUAAUACCGUCCAUUUCGCCUCCCGCUCAAAAGUCUUUUCAUGGACCCCAACGACCGGUGACGCACGCUGUCUAAUCGACAUGAGCCAACCAGACCCAGAAUCAGGUUUCCUUGGACCGGUCAAAAUAUCCACCAUGAAAACAGCGCAUGGCCUUACAAUCGCAGGCGGGUUCUGUGGUGAAUACGCCCUACGCAGUACCAGCGGAUCCGACCCCGGCAUAAAAGGCCUAGUAACCCCGGACUUCAACGACGGCAUCACCAACCACGUCGACAUAAUCCCCAACCGCACGGGUUCCUCCCCAACCGGCGUUUUCGCCUCAAACGACAGGCACCUCCGCAUCCUCGACACAGAAACAAACAUCUUCAUUUCCGACCAGGAACUCGCCCAACCAAUAAACUGCACCGCCACAUCCCCAGACAGUCGUCUUCGCGUCGUAAUCGGCGACUCACCCGACGCAUGGGUCAUCGAAUCCGACACCGGCCGUCCAGUCCAUGCCCUCCGCGGCCACCGCGACUUCGGCUUCGCCUGCGCCUGGUCCCCAGAUAUGCGCCACAUUGCAACCUCAAACCAAGACAAAACAGUCAUCAUCUGGGAUGCGCGCACCUGGCGUCCGCUUGAAACAAUCGACUCCGACGUAGCGGGCUACCGCUCCCUGCGCUUCUCGCCUGUCGGCGGUGGCCCGCGCACCCUCCUCUGCACCGAGCCCGCGGACCGGAUUUCUAUCGUCGACGCACAGCUCUUCCGUUCAAGACAAGUGCACGAUUUCUUUGGUGAAAUCGGUGGCGCCGAUUACGCGCCUGACGGGGCAGAGAUCUGGGUUGCGAAUACGGAUCGCCAUUUCGGUGGUUUCAUGCAGUAUGAGCGCAAACAGUCUGGACAGCGGGUUGGGUUGACUGACAUGCCGACUGAAUGGGUUACCGAGGAGGAAUUGGCGGUGGAUUCUAGGUGUGUUUUGAGUAAGAGGGAGCGGGGACUGAGGUUCUUGAGGAAUUUGUCGGAUGAGGAGCAUGAUGCGUUGAUUCUUUGA